AUGGAGGAGCCUAAUACUCAUAAUUUGAAAAAGCUUGGCGAUAAUGAAGUAUCAGGGAUUGAGAAAUUGCAGAUAUUGAUGGCUUUUAAGACACAUGUUAAGAAAGAAUUGGUACAUAGCAGUGCAAUUAAUGAAUAUUUCGAUGUUUUAAGGGAUUUUUUGAUGGCAGAUGGCCUGGAGAUAAAAUUACAUCACUUGAGUCACUCGUCCUUAUGUUAUUUGAUCAAGAGGGUUGCAAUGCAGGAGCCGGACGAAUUUACCGAUCAGCGCAUUAAUUCAUUGAUUCGGGUUGUUUUACUACGAAGCGGGUCACAGGAGCGCAAGGUAUGGGCUAGCUCGGUGAAAUCGUUGGAGGCGAUCUAUUUAUGCAAGCCUAGUGAGUUUGAAACGGAAUUGGCUAAGAUUUGCCUAGAAAGCAGGUCGGAAGACCGGACAAAAUGUUUGUUGUUCAUGGAUGAGUUGAUCCAGUUACAGCAAGUAAAUAAUAGGAACCCUAUGGACUUGGUAAAUCGAUUUCUUGACCUGUGGAUCAAGGUUUUAAACGAUGACAAUACGACAGAAAGUGGGGGAAGAGACGCAGAGUUGAUACAUGAUAUUCUCAAGAAAUAUUACAGUGAAGAAUCGAUCCAGCAGAUAAUGUGCCAAAUAACGCGACAGAAGUCGCUGGAUCUGUUCUUGCGAGCAGGGCAUUCCCUGCCACAGUCUGCAGAGAGUGGGAGUACAUCAGAGAGCAGUCCGUUUGAACCUGAAGAGGAGAUUGCGCGUCUUAUGGAUGAAUUGCCUGCAAAUUCCAUUAGAACCAGCAUGGGGGAUACAAAGGACUAUCUGUCAUUCGAACAUCUGAUGAGGGAUUUGGAACAACUUACGGGGUGCUUCCAGGCACUGAAGGAAACAGAGCAUAACUGGCGGCAGCGGCAGGAUGCUAUUAUCUUGCUUAGACGGAUCGUGAAAGGGAAUGUAUCCAGACAGUUUCCCGAUGAGUUUGUCCAAAUAUGCCGUGAAUUAAAUCUUACGGAUUGCAUUUCCAAGGCUGCUUUAUCCCUUAGAACAACACUUUCUUCGCACGCGUGCAACUUGAUAAAGGAGAUGUCUAUAGAGUUAGGCCCGAGGUUGGAACCAUUGGUAGAGUCGCUAUUAAUUCCCUUGCGUAGCUUGCUUUCAGCCACGAAGAAAAUCGCAUCACAGACGGCAUUUGCAACUGCAAUAAUUCUUCUGAGUAAUACUCCCUACCAUAACAGGCUAUUUCAACAAUGCCAUGCGUUAUCUCGGGACAAGAAUAUUUCACCUAGGGCGUACGCUGCAGUAUUCCUUCGUGUUUAUAUCAUACGAUUUCAUAGAAGGUUAGAGCAUUCAUCUGCUUUAGUCGAAGAAUGGCUACAGAAAGGUUUAACGGAUGCACAGACGCAAGUUCGUGAGGCUAUGCGAAUUACAUUCUGGUAUUGGUACGCAGUAAACAAUAUUAGUGCGAAAAGGAUAUUGGAUAACUUACCUAAUCAAAUGCGCCGUAUAAUCGAAACCUCGAUACCGUCCUACUUAAGUAUUGAUUAUAAUGUAGUCGCGUCAGCCAGUUCCAAUGAGUCUUCCAGGAGAUCCAGCCUUGGGCCUAGAAAAUUUCCAAGUUAUGCGGCUCCCACACAUUCAUCGACAUUACAGAAACUAGCAUCAAACUCAUUCGCCAAUGGCGUUGGUUCACGUUCAUUGAGUGAUCCAUCGAAUAAGAAUUGUCCGAUAUCCGGUACCCUGACAUUGUCCAAGAAGCAGUUGUCCGCUGCGAAAGCCAAUUCAAUACCAUUAAAGGAUGCAUUUUCAUCACAUCUUGACAUGGAAAACGUUAACAGUGAGGCUUUGGAUCUGUCAGAGGAUUUAACAAAUAGCAAUCCAAAUACGCUGGUAAGGAAGUAUCUGAAUACGGAUACCAAUACGGAAGAAAAUAUAGAACAGGCGUCUAAGGGGGAGUUGGAAAACAUGUAUUCAUAUAUAUCCUCAAGUGUUCUACAUGAAAAUCAACAGGGUCUUCAGAUUUUAGAAAACUUGCUUUUGAUGAAAGCUCCUAUCGACACACAAACACUUUUACCAUCGUUGGUUAAAUUAUCAAUUCAAUCACCCAAAAGUUUCCGUAGUUUAACAGGGAAAUCUUCCUUUUACAAACUGCUUCCGUUGAUAAAUUUAGUUGAACUAUGUGCUAUCAAUGAAAAGCCUAGUUCUAUUAUUAUCGACAAUUUUCCUCCUGAGGAUAUAAUCUACUCUAUCACCAGUUCAUUUGAGAAAUUUUUCCCAGCGCAUGAUGACCAAUUAUUUCUUUACUAUGUGAAGUAUCGGUCAGUUAUUUUCAAUUACUGUUUCACGGUAUUGAUUGACAUUAUUGAAAACGGUUUCCAAUUCCCGGCUGAUAAUAAACUUUUCAGCACAACAUGUAUUAAUGUGUUUAAAGCAUCAGGUAAUGACUUUAACAUGGAUAACUACUACACAUUAAUAUCAACUCUUUAUAACGCUAAUAACUCACAAUUUAUUGAGUUAUUACGCGAGGCACCAACAUCAAGCAAGUUUAAAAUUGCAAAUAAAUUACAACGGCAUAACCCAAGUUUUGAUUUACAGACAAUUAUGUCCAGGGAAAUAUCCGGAGAUUCUCAUCAGGGCAGUGCAAGGCAAAAUGACAGUCCUUUGGCAUAUGAAAACAUCGAUAUUGAUAAUACUGCGAAUCUAUUAGAAAUGACUUUAGUAACAGACUUAAAAUAUUCCAAUAUUGAUACUCCGAUUCCUAGGCAAAUUGAUAAUGCACCAGCUGCUCUUAUUGAAGGCUCUUCAAAGAACGAUCGACGUUUCCAUGACAAUAAGUCGAAGUAUUGUGAUGACGAAAGAAGAUCGCCUGUGUCUAAUGAACUCAAAAAUCUGACUGAAAUGACGAGAGUGGUUAGUGUCUACCAGCAGCUCAAUAAGGAAUCCGACGUAGAUAUGGCUGAUGAAGAGAAGUUUAGGGAUUCGGAAGAUCGCAACAAUUGCGGAUUUCCUCUAGAUGAUAUUUUUGAUGAGGAUAAACAGGUCCAUAGUGUAAAGUUCAAUGAGAUCCCACGCAUAAUCGAUAUUAAUAAGAACUGGGAUAGACAUGACGGCGAUACUAGUGACAAUACUACUAAUAAUGGUAGUGAAACACACGGUAGUUUCAGAGGCAUGACUGAAUUGGUCGAUAAGGAAAUGGAAAAGUCACCAAGGUUACAGUUUACGGACGAGGAUUCCAAAUUAUUAUCUGAUGCAAUUAAUGAAAUCGAACUUAGACGCCAAAGUGAUGAAGAAGAUCAUUCUAGUAGGCCAAUGACCAAGGAAGACGAUGAAGAAUCUUCCGCUGGGCAAACACACACCAAGCUCUCGCAAGAAGUAGAUCCUUUCACUGACCACUCUAAAUCUGCUCAGGGCAACGCUAACUCUGGCAAUAAUAAACUAUUCAUCUCCUCGAAGGUAGACAUUGACGUACUGUCAAUUCUAUCUCCCUCGUCUUUAACCUACUUUGAAUUAGAGCACAUCCAUGUAUUGGACAUGAAUGGGAUGAAUGUCACAGAGAUCGAAAAAAACUUUAAUACAAUAGAUAACGGCAACACCAGAAUAACGGAUAUCUCCUCAAUAAUUGGAACAAUAUCAAAUGAUCCUACUAGUGAAUUGAUUCAUUGGUUAACAAAAUUUAGAGGUCUAAGUCGACUUUGGACGUUAAUUACCGAUCUAGUUGACAGUUCUGAAUCCCCACAUACGCAUAACUUCCUAGUGUUCUAUUCUGCAUUACUUAUUGCAAAUUUUCAACUAUCUACAUCCCUAUUGUCAAGUGACUUUAUUGAAGAUGCAUCUUCACUUAUGUUUUCUGAACUAUCGAACUUAUCCUCAUACGAAAACGAGUUCUAUAUAUGUAGCUGUGAACUUCGUGAGAUCCUUAUUGAACACCAUAAUAAGGAAUACCUCCCAGAGCUACUCCAAACUUGCAUAAAAGAACUAAGACUCUCAAAUGAGCGUAUAAAAGUUGCUUUCAUAUUGGAGACCAUUGAUAAUAUUAUCACUCAGAUGGAUACGCUACUAUCGUUAGACAUUCUACAAAGCUUGACCAAUUUUCUGCAAAAAUAUGUGAGUAGUAAUUUUACUGAGUGGCGCUACCACUCAAUUAAGCUCCUAUCACAAGUUAAUGCUAUCCUAGUUGAAAUGAAUAGUCCACCAGAGUUAGUAAGGUCAACUUUUAGUAUGUUACUGGUUGAAGAGGUUGAUCUUGUGAAAUCGUUCAGGACGACCUAG